CAUUUCUUGAAUAGAAUCCGUUUUAUGAGCGGUCAGAGCAGGAAAGACAUGAAGAGUGGAAAGUCUUUCGACAGAACCCAUUUGAUUGAGAGCCGAACCGAUACUAAUAAUUACAGAUGUGCUGUUAUUUACGGAAUUCCAAUACUUUUCAAAGAAUGGAUUGAAGAGUUGUGGCAACACAGGAAUGACUCGCACUUUGAUCCCAAUGACAUCAAUUUAAUUAAUAAGUUUAAGAUAAAAGCGUUUCAUGGCUUGGGUUUGGCUUUCGUUGGAUUCUCGAAAGAAGAGCCGUUAGAAGUGAAUGAAAGGGAAGAGAUGGAAAUUUUGACCAAAACAUUUGAUGGUCAAGUGGUUGACCCCUACUCUAACAGCUGUACACAUAUUAUAUUGAAUGCCAACAAAGGCGAAAAAGUCGACAUUAAUUUUGAUCAAUACGAGAGAAUACCUGAUAAUGUCGUCUAUAAAAGCUGGUUCACAGAAUCGGUUCACAUUAAGAAUCGCGAAGAAGAGGAAUUUCACCACUACUUUUCACAAAAAAUGCGAGAACUUUGUCGAACUCCUUCUACGUGUGGCAAGUCUUCUGUGAAUGGUUUGGGUGUAUUGAGUCCUGAUUACGACCUAUCCUUCUCUUUGGACUCAUCUGUUUCGAAAUCGAAAUUAGAUACCGAUGUGAAGGCAUUGGACCAAAAGUCCAAAUCACACACUUAUCACGUCUGUUAUGAAUUGUGUCAAAAUGAGACCAAUUAUGUCAAGAUUUUAAAAGACAUCCUUUCGAUAUUCAGAGAACCGCUCAUAAACCACAGCGAACCACAAAUGCCACAACCACUAUUGCCCAAUGAUAUUGAAUUGAAGACAAUAUUUGGUUGUUUGCCGCCACUCAUCGAAGUUCACGAACAAAUUCAUAAAAAGUUGGAAAAUAUUAUCCAAAACUGGAGCGAAGAUAACGAAAUCGGCAAAGUUUUUGUUGAACACUCUCAACAGUUUCUGACCGCUUAUCCACAAUAUAUUAAUUAUCACGAGAAGACCAAAGAAAUGAUUGAUGAAUGCAUUAAAAAAUAUCCGAAAUUUGAGUCAUUCCUUAAAACGCGCGAUGUGGACGACAAACUUUAA